GGGGAUUCCCCGUGACGUGACGCGUUGCAGGAAGUGUCUGUCGACAUCGGCCAUUUUGGUAGUUGGCCGCGCACUGUACAAACUCUUCUUCCUCAUCUAUUCCGAACUCUGACAGUUCAUUGGUGGUCAUUCCUAUCAUCAUCAUGGAGACAUCCAAAUGCUGAGAUGUUACCGUAAUCAAGUGUUCAGAAUCAGUCGUUAACUUAAACAACAAGAUCUAACGUUACUGGCAUGACUGGAGUAAUCGAGUUCUGAAUUGAUUAUCUUUCGUCAAGUUCACGAAUCACGUCAGGUUGUUGGCCUACGGCUACGACUGGGCCUGGGAAGAAUGAUCAGAUAAAAUACAGAUGCAGGUCAUGAUGCAGAAUUUGUGUGGGUAGCCCUAUUGAAUGAGAAUGGAAAUGGAAAAGAAUAAUAGAAGUUCUGUCACUGAAGAAGAAUUUUUGAGAUUGGCCCAGCAAAUCCCACCGAGGUACUAUUCAGAUUUAGGCAUACUUUUGGGAAUCUCAUCUGCUGAACUUGAUCAUAUCAUUGUCCAACAUUCAUUGGAUUACAAGGAUGCAUUGAUGACAAUGUUCACACGGUGGAGAGAUGAACAGCAUCCAGAUGAAGACAUCAGAGCUCUUCUUGCAGAAGGAUUAGAAAAGAGUGACUUAGGGGGAUUGUCCAAAGAACUUCUAGCUGGGAAUCUAAUCCAGAAAACAACAGAUGUUAGACAAACAACUGCAACAACUUCAAGAGCAUCAACUUCAACAGGAGCAGCAGACAUGUCAGUGCCACCACAUAUCGUCAGUGAGGAAGAACAUUUGAUGUUGUCAAUGGAAAUUGGACCUACUUACUACAAGAGAGUGGGCGUUAACCUGAAUAUCUCCAUUGUAACUCUUGAAAAUAUCAAGGAGCGUAGCCGAGAUAACUGCGAUGCUUUGAUGACAGUAUUCACAAGAUGGAGAGAUAAACAGCUUCCAGACACAAACAUCAGGGUUCUUCUUGCAGAGGCUUUACAAAAGAGUGGUCUAGUGUGUCUGUCUCAGAAACUGAUUACUGGAAAUCUAUUGACAAAGUCGACAGGUGCACCUGUGACAAUUCCAGUAUCAGAGACCAAACCACUUACCCCUGACCUGAUUAAGAAAUGUAAAGAUGAGCUUCAAUUCAAGUACAGGACUGAUUUCUGUAUGAUAAGGGCCGAUCCACUAGAUCCUGAUUCUGUUGUGCCAUUCCAAGAUAUGUACACAAACCUUUUCUUGGAAGAAGAAAAACGAAGUAAAAGGAGUCCACUUGAGUACAAGGAUCUCUUUAAUCUCAAAGUCAAUGGCAUCUUCCCCAAACGGAUAAUGAUCCAAGGAGAGGCAGGGGCUGGAAAGACCACAUUCGUGGCUAAGAUUGCUUGGGACUGGAUAAACGAUAGUCCAGAUCUGUCAAAGUUUGUGUGGGUACUCAUUAUCCCUCUGCGUGAAGCCAAGCGAUACACGAUUGGUCAGAUUGUUAAGUCAUAUCUCUCAAAGGACAACCCAGCAACAGCCUGUCAGAUCACCGAGUACAUCCGUUCAAAUCCAGAAAAGGUAUUCAUUGCCUGUGAUGGAUUAGAUGAGUUUAGUGGCAAGGUUGUACAGCAUACUGAAAGCAAGCAAGGUUCAGAAGGUGCUCAGUCAGAGUCUAAUGAUCAAACUGACGGGAAAUCAGAAUCCCAAAUGAGCAAUAAGAGAGAGCAAAGUUUUGAUCAAGGCACAAACAGAAAAAAAUCAAGAUUAGAGGAGAGCAAACAACCACGGGUAAAGCAGCAUUUUCCUUCAGGUACAUCAAGAUCUGCUGAUCAAACCAUAGUAGGAUCACAAACAAGUCCAUCAAGUACAUCUAUGCACCAAAGAACUAAUCCCAAAUCCAAUCUAAGUUCUAUGGAGAGAGGUUAUAUCACUGUUGAAGAUAUUCUUUGCUCAGAUGAACUUCGUACUUGCCCUGUAAUGGUGACAAGCCGUCCAUGGAAGGCCAGUGAAAUAAGAGAGAGCAGUAGUUUAAGAAAUCGAUACACAUUCAUUCAUGUGGAAGGCUUUAGCAGAGAGAAUGCAAAGGUUUACAUUUGCAAUUACUUCAAAGACACUGAGGCUACAGCAGAUGAAUUCAUCCAAUUGUUUAAAAGCAAUGAUAUCAUAUCGGAGAAUAUGGCACCAUAUCCUAUCUACAUAUCUAUACUGUGUCACAUGUGGAGAGAACUUGAUGACAACAAGAAAGAAGAGUUGAAGGCUUUUCAAACAUUCUCUGAAAUAUUCUGUGAAGUGUUUGAAUUCCUAAAGGUGCGUUAUGUUCAGAAAGAGAUCCCAGAUUUAACCAGCCGAUUAUUCAAUACCUUUCGCUCUGAAAUAGAGAAACUCCUGAAACCAAUUUCCAAGGUUGCUUUUACUGGACUACAAUCAAAUAACCUUAUUUUCAAUGAAGAAGAUCUUGAACAGUACUCAGACUCUUUGAAAACAGCAUGCAAAGUAGGAGUGUUGUCACAGGAGAAUAAGCUCUCAUCCAUUCAUGAUAAGAGCAGUCGGUACUUGCAGUCAACAUUCUUCUUUCCUCAUAAACUAUUCCAGGAGUAUAUGGCUGCAGUCUAUCUUGUUUCUCUCUAUGAUUCAGAUUGCAGUGAAUUUAAAAGGCUGAUUGAGAAAGUAGUGCUCCCUAGGAAGGAAGAGUUUAGGUAUCUCCUGUACUUCACUGUGUCACAGGACAAAAACAUUGCCAAGUAUAUCACCCAGUGUCUGCUACAACAGUACACCCAAAGCCAAGGAAAGAAGGAGAUGAAUUUCUUGGUUGAUGUAGCUUUUGAGAGUCAAGAUAAAGAUACCAACGCCAUGCUUCGGAAUUCAGUAUCAUCUCUGUCCAUCCAUGUUGUGAACACACACACUAUAGCUGGUUAUGCAUCCACUGAGAUAUAUUCAAAGGCGGUAAGUUGGAUACAAAGGAAAAGUACCCUGAUGUCAUGCAUGUUUCUAUUUUUUCAUUACAGUAGCACACCUUCAGGAGUAUAGCUGAAACUCAUCAGACAGAUCUUAAUAGUCUUGAAACGGAUUUAUACAUAAAGACAAAAACCUUAAACCAUUCAAACAUCCAUCUUUCAGUUUGAUUUUCAUUUACUGAGUAAAAUAUCAGUAGUACAUACAUGUAUGAAGAUAUUGGAAUCUUGAAUUGAACUGAAAUAUUGUCCAUCUUAGCAUGUUAUAUUAUUAUUAUACCGGGUGAGUUCAAUAAAAACUUAACAUCUCGAAUCCCCAAUUUACAGAAAAAUACAUCACGAACACGUAAUUAUUAAAAAUGGCAUGAAAGAGUAUGUUUUUCCAAAUAAUUUGAUACCAUAUCUAUGGGGUAUGUGUUAAUGCUUGGAUGAUCAGUAGGUAUUCUUUGCAGUGAUGUAAAUUUUUAUUUGUGCCAAAGUAAAGCAUGACUGCAAUGAAUGAAUCCAGAUGUCAAUGAUGUCAUAAUCCUACAAGGAUUGCAUUAAAAUCAAAUUCAAAACAUGUUUUCGAUAAUUUAUAUUAUACAUGUAAUUGUUUAAUUGUUUAAACACUUUUUAUUAUCAGUUCUCAAUUUAACUUUAUUGACAAGGGAUGUGCAUAUAUGUUUACUAACUCAUGUAGGAUUAUGGCAUCAUGAAAAUCUGGAUUCAUUCAUUGCAGUCAUGCCUUACUUUGGUGUAAAUCAAAAUUUACAUCACUGCAAAGAAUUAUUAAAGUGUGAAGACAUACCACAUAAAUAUGGUAUCAAAUUAUUUGAGAGAAGAUACUCUUUCCAGCCGCAUAUAAUGAUUAUGCCUCCAUGCACGGCCGUAUGCAGGAGGGUGGCAGUUACCCCCCCCCCACAAAUUUUGAAAACUUACAUUUUUUACUGAAAUUGUUCACAAAAUUCACCAAAAGUACACACAGAAUCCUUCUAUUUCUCUUGACAAAAUCU